AUGAGUACUAACGGAACUGAAAACUUUGCUAAAAGUAUACCAUGCAGGACCGAUCAUCUCCUUACUGCUGUAGAAAAUGAGCUUCAAGCUGGUAGUGAGAAAGGAGACCCUACAGAAAGGGAACUUAAAGUUACCCUGGAUGAAACGGAUUUAUGGAAACGUUUUAAAGAACUGACAAAUGAAAUGAUAGUCACCAAAAAUGGCAGGAGAAUGUUUCCUGUUUUAAAAAUAAGUGUCACUGGUCUAGACCCAAAUGCUAUGUACUCCUUCUUGAUGGAUUUUGUGACUGCUGAUAACAAUCGGUGGAAAUAUGUGAAUGGAGAGUGGGUGCCAGGUGGGAAACCUGAACCACAGGCUCCAAGUUGUGUCUAUAUUCAUCCAGACUCACCCAAUUUUGGAGCCCACUGGAUGAAAGCUCCUGUUUCCUUCAGCAAAGUCAAACUAACCAAUAAAAUGAAUGGAGAAGGACAGAUAAUGCUGAAUUCAUUGCAUAAAUAUGAGCCCAGAAUUCAUAUAGUACGUGUUGGUGGACCACAGAAGAUGAUCACCAGUCAUUCAUUUCCAGAAACACAAUUUAUCGCUGUGACAGCUUACCAGAAUGAAGAGAUAACUUCCCUUAAAAUCAAGCAUAAUCCAUUUGCUAAGGCUUUCCUUGAUGCAAAAGAAAGGAGCGAUCACAAAGACUUCAUUGAUGAGACAGAAAACAAUCAGCAAUCUGGAUACACUCAAUUGGGCAGUUGGUUGAUUCCUGGUUCCAGCUCACUGUGCUCUUCUACCAAUCAUCAUUCUCAGUUUGGGACUCCAUUACCUCUUUCCUCAGCUCAUGGCUGUGAAAGAUAUACCACGCUGAGAAAUCACAGAGCAUCACCUUAUCCAAGUCCAUAUACGCACAGAAAUAACUCUCCUCCAAGUUACACAGAGAAUGCAUCAGCAUGUCUUCCAGUAUUUCAGUCAAAUGAGCACUGGCCUGGCUUACCAAUGCAAACUCACAAUGGGAUGUUAUCAUUAAACCAUUCAAACAGCACUCCAUCUAGCUCUUGUCAGUAUCCAAGCUUAUGGUCUGUGAGUAACAGUACUAUUGGAACAUUGACACAAGCAGGAGGAAUUGUCAAUGGUCUGGGAUCUCAGUACAUAAGAACUUCUGCUCACUAUACACCAUACAAUCAGAUAGUUCCUUCACCCUCUCUGGGAUCUCCUUUAUAUGAAGGUGGAAGCACAGACAUAGAAGACAAUCAGUACGAUGUUUCAGCACAUGACAGACUGGCACCAUCUUGGGCACCAAUUACACCACCCUCAUUGUAA